AUGACCGCACAUAAGCAUGUUGAUCGCACAACGGACUACAAAUUAGCAGUGGAGCCGCGACUGCGCAACACUCGGGACAUGCGCACUCCUGAACGCACUGCGCCGGUAUCACUGGAAGAGUAUGCGCAACCUCUCGUGCCAUUCGGCAGUAGUUCGACAACUCAGUCUCUGCGCAGCCGAUCAGCUGUCGCUCCAUAA